AUGAAAAUGCCUUUGCUCGCAAAGUUUUCUUGCUCUGCAUUACGAUCUUUCAAACCAAGAGCUUUUUUCAAAUAUUCGCAAAAAAGAGCAAAAAAAGUUAAAUCUGCACAUAAGAUCCCUGUGUAUUCUUCUUCAUUCAAGAAUGUUCAUUUAGAUUCAAUUAGGGUGAGCGUCAGACCAGCUCCAGCCGAGGACUUUGUAAUACCUAAAGAUGUUAAAGACUUACAGUUUAAAUAUUUAGUCUUAGACACCGACUUGGAACAGUAUGUUGUUCCUCACAUCGAUAGCGAUGUCCUUAGCAAUGGAUUCGGGGAACCACAACUCGCUAUAGAAAUUCUAUCCAGCGGAAGUGAAAAUUCACGUCCUUAUUAUAAUGAAAAAGUGGGUUACUUUAAAGUUCAGACCGUAUUUGCCAUUCGUGUCAUUUCGACACAUGUCACAUUUUAUAAAGCUAUGAUCCCUGCUAAAUAUUGGAACGAGCUUGAAAAUGGUUAUCCGGAAGAACAGUCAAUUGAAAUUCUAAGGUGGUCAGCUAUAAAUCUUAAGGAUUCUGAUUUUGAUCUUGCUGAGCCAGAUGGAAGGAAAAAU